AUGACUUUACUCUGUGGGCCAGGCUGAGGCUUCAGGGAAGAGCUAGGCACUGUUCCAGAGAGGAAAGGGCGGAGCCACAGGCUGCUCUGCUCCUGCACCACUAGCCUCCUUUGUAAAAAGCUCUUAGCUGGGUCUGGACAGCACAGUUCUGGGUUCACCUUUGAGCAGAAUCUGCAGCACUCCAUGAAGGAGCUGAGACAGGCAAGGUGCACAGGCCCUGGAUCCUUUGGAAUCAUGCUCCAAAAGCAUCCUCACAGCUUUGCUCUGGUUUUUGUGACCUCAUUAGUGCUGUCCUACUGCUUGAGAAUGGCCUCAGCUGCUCCACCACGUGAUCCCAGUUUGGAUGCUGAAUGGGAGGAAUGGAAGAUGAACUUUAAAAAAUCCUACAGCCCGGAUAAAGAAGGGCACAGAAGAGCAGUGUGGGAAAAGAAUAAGAAAUUUAUUGAGAAACACAAUGCAGACUAUGAGCAGGGAAAGACAAGCUUCACUAUGGGCCUGAAUGGAUUUAGCGACAUGACACUGGAGGAAUUCAAGACACGUUGCACUGGAAUUUUAAAGUCUCCUGAAGAUUUGCCUAAAUCUAAGAAUUUAGAAGAGAACAGCAAUGAGGCACCUGUGAUGGAUUAGCUGGAAUAACAGGAGGGGCAUGAUUGGCAACAAUAAGAUAGCCUAGGAGUAAAGCAAUCACUCUGUCAUCGCCUCAGGAGCCUUCUGCCAAGAUGUGAACUGCAUGAUGCUGAAAGAAUGGACUAGGGGAAAGAAGGAACCGGAGGAGUCCUUUCCAUCACAUUGUCCAGCAUGUGCUGUGUAGAAUGAAACACUGAAUUCAUUUAAUAUUAACACUGUGAUGUGAACUACCGUGAAUAUUCACACUAAUAGAAUAUUAACAAUGUUUACCUCUAUAUCUUAAAAUUAAAGCUUGACUUUAAAUGUA